AUGGCAAAAAUGAUGAUGCAAUUGAAUAUUUUAACUAAGCAUGUGAUGGGUGCACCCACUAAAAUGAUGAAUGUCGUGGCAUCCAAGGCAUGUGAUGAUGAAGAAGCCAAGAAGCUUGAUGUGGAGAUUAGAGGGAGUGAGAAAGAACCGAUUGUGAUUGAUGAAAAGGUGGAUGAAGAUAAUGAGCCACGAAGUGAUGAAUUUUCCAAUAUCCAAAUUCCCCCUCUGUUUCUGCAAAGGCUUAAGAAGAAAGAAGAGAGUGACAAGCUCAAUAAAUUCAUGGCUAAGCUUAGAAACCUCUCUGUCAAUAUCCCGUAUCUUGAGGUGAUCCAAGAAAAUUUGCGGUAUGCUAAGCUUAUGAAAAAAUUAAUGACGAAGAAGAAGCUCAUUGAAGGUGAUACCAUUGAAGCCACCGAUGGGUGUAGUGCUAUCAUGUAUAGCGAAAUAGCAGAAAAGAAAGAAGACCCCAAGCCAUUUACAAUUCCAUGCACCAUCGAGAUACAUAUGUUUGAAAAAGAUUUUUAUGACCUUUGUGAAAGUAUAAAUCUCAUUCCCUUUGUAAUAUAUCGAAGGCUUGGAUUGGGUAACCCUACUCCAAUGUCGAUAAGGCUUUUGAUGGAGGACCGGCCUAUCAAGAAUUCGGUUGGUAUUUUGUUCGACAUAUUAGUGAAAGGGGAUAGAUUCAUCCUUCCGGCAUAUUUUGUGGUGCUCAAUUAUGAGAUGGGUCAAGAGGUGCCUAUUGUCCUUAGUAGACCUUUCCUUGCUACCGAAAGAGCCCUUGUCAAUUUGGAUCUUGGGAAAUGA